AAUCAGUCAGUCAGCUCCACAUCCAGAAGCUCCUGCGGCCAGAUACACGCAUCACUCCGCACUCGAGGUGCCAAAACUGCGGCUCUGACACAACUCCGGGUCGGUGGAAGUGGGGAAGCUUGACAGUUUUCUCAAAGGGGGACUCUGGUGAUUUAGACACCCCCUUCAUCCUUCUUCUACUUCUUCCUGGGGAUUGCUACUUUCUAUUUUUUUUUUUCCUGCCUCCUCUUGCUGUUGUGUGACUUUGGCUUUGAGAGAGAUUUACAGUGCGUGUUUUCCGGACAUGUCUUUCCCUCAGCUGGGGUACCCCCAGUUCCUCAGUGCCUCACAUGAGGUGUACGGGGGCGAGCGACCGGCCUCUGCCCGGGAAGGAGGCACUGAAGGCGGCGUGAGCUCGUCCGCUACCGCCGCGGCUGUCGGCUCCAUGCUUGGGAUGUACGGGAGCCCGUGGGCGGCUCACAACUACAGUGCCUUCCUGCCGUACAGCGGAGCCACAGACCUCGCCCUCAUAACCCAGAUGAGCUCCCAAUAUGAGCUGAAGGACAGCCCGGGGUCCCACCCUGCCUCUCUACCUGUCCACGCCGCCCAAGGCUUCUACCCAUACGGCCAGUACCCGUACGGGGACCCGUCCAGGGCCAAGACGGCCACCCGGGAGACCACCAGCACCCUGAAGGCCUGGCUGCAGGAGCACCAGAAGAACCCCUACCCCACCAAAGGAGAGAAGAUAAUGCUUGCUAUCAUCACCCGAAUGACACUCACACAGGUGUCGACGUGGUUCGCGAACGCCCGCAGACGCCUGAAGAAGGAGAACAAGGUAACCUGGGGCCGCAGCGCCGAGGACCGGGACGGCCGCAUCUUCAGCAGCGACAACGAGGACGAGCACGGCAAGAACGGCAGCGACGACGAAGACGAAGAGGAGGAAAUUGAUUUGGAAACUGUCGAUAUCGAGAGACCCGAGGAACAGCGAGCGGGGGAGCAGGGCUCCGGGAAGGGAGAGGGAGAGGCAGAGGGAGAGGCAGGCCUGGCCGACAGAGAGCAAGCCUCGGAGCCGAAGAGCUCAGAGAGCAGCAGGACACUUUCUGUGGACGGCCUGAGAGGAGUGGAGGCGGCUAUUUCUCUCAAUAGAUCGCCUGUUGUCAAACUCGCAGUGGAUCUUUCUCCAAACAGACAGGAGUGCCAGAGACCACCGCAGAGCAAACCCAAAAUCUGGUCCCUGGCUGAGACCGCCACGGCCCCGGACAGCUCUCACAAACCUUCCCCCGCGGCCCAUGCGCACCACGCGGCUUUGGCCUCCGCCGGCCACCCGGCCUUACUCCCGGGUCAUGGGAUUUAUACAUGCCAGAUUGGCAAGCUGCACAACUGGGCCAACGCGGCUUUUCUGAAUGCCAACUCUCUUUUGAACAUGAGGUCGCUCCUCGGCGGGGCGCCGGCCGGACACCUGCCUCUCCACGGCGCGGUGCCGGUUGUGCGUCAUGACGCACGGCAGGCGGCGGCUGGCCCCGGGACUUCGGGAACGGAGGAUGACAGUGAUCUAGAGUCGUCAGGAAGCUUCAGUCCAAAAAGAGAUGACGAAGAGAGCGACCACAGGCCUGAUUCCCUCAAGUCCCCAUUCCAGCUGAUCAGUGACAGACCUCACCAUGGGACAGCACCACAGCGAGUUCUGACAACGACAUUAUGAGAAGACAAAGGGAAAAGAAAGAAAGGAAUAACUUUAUUUAACGGAGAACAGUUUAACGAAGGCUAUUUUUCUGACAGUGCGACCUGUCAUAGUAUUACUGUUUAGCUUCUACAUGCAAAAGAGAUGGUUGUUUUUGUCACAGAUUUGUAUUGUAUCUCUCCUUUAUGUCCUAUGUUUCUUCCUCGCCUCCUCUGUUGUGAAUGGAAACCUUGAAUAAUUGUAAAUACAGGAUAUGAAUUUGUCUUUAAAGAAUAUAUUUUUUGGGAACUAAAUAAAUGUCAUUAUAGUCA